AUGUCGAGCACAUUAAUGGAUCAAAGCCACGCUAAUGCCGAAGAGCGAAAGCUACGAAAGAGGCUUCAAAACCGAUUAAACCAAAGAGCGCGCAUUACCACAGGACACCGUCUCCGAGAUGAAAAUGACAAACAUGAUAUCGCGAGGGAUAAGAACACAUACCAGAUCCGCCGCUGGAGAAUUGACCCCAAUGAACCACACCAGAAACAUAUGGGAGCCAACUUACACAAAAAAUCCCAUGAUCUUUAUCCCACGCUCUCAACCAAAUUCAUUCGACAGUCAGAGUCGGAAACCGAUUCAAUACCGGACAGAAUAAUCAAGCCGACGGCAUCGGCGCAAUCCUUUGACCCCAACACAGCCCUGUCCGCCGAUCAACUCCUACAUCUGAUACAGUUUAACGCCUAUCGCGGCCUUUACAAGAACAAGGCUCUUCUAGGCCGCACAGCCAUAUCAUUAAGCCCAGGUCGUGAUCCACAACGCUUUGACGAAUCAUUCCCCACAUUCUCGGUCGUAUUACCUAGAGCGUCAGAUGUUAUUGUCCCGGGAAGUCUUGCACCGACACAGUCACAGAUGCGGAUGAUUCAUUCGACGUGGAUCAAUACUAUUCCGUUUCCCGCUAUGCGAGAUAAUCUUAUCAAGUGGGAGGGGUCCUUUAACCAUGCGGAAUUCGCGAUGGAUGUGGUCGGGUAUUUGAUGGAUUCGAUUUUGUUUCCCCAGCCUGAGGGUUCAUUCGUGACCGAAUUGGCGAGGGAGGGCCAAUCGAUUAUCGAGGAAGUGGAUCAAGAUGAUGAGAUCACUGCUCAUCGGAAUGGUAUUAUUAUCUGGGGAGAGCCACAUAGGAUAGAUAGCUGGGAGGCCACGCCGGGGUUUCUGAGGAAGUAUGCGUGGGCUAUGCAGGGAUGCGAUGAAUGGAUAGAGUCGAGUAAUCGGUGGAGGAGGAUUAGAGGAGAGGAACCGUUGCGUUUUUCCGUGCCUCUGAGAUUACGCUAA